AUGUCUAACUCGAGAGGCAGGAGAACAUCAAAGCCAUUGGUCAAAGACAGCGACCCACCAGAUGGAGGGUGGGGCUAUGUCAUCGUCGUGGCGGUCUUUAUCGUGUACUUCUUACAGGCCGCACUGACGAGAUGUGCAGGGGUUCUUUACACAAGCUGUAUAAUAUAUAUUAAACUAUUAACGUCAUAUUACUUUGUGUGUUUUGUGACAGCUAUUGUGGCUAGUGUUGUCUUGAAUCGUCUUGGAUGGCUUGGCAUCGCACUAUGUUUUACAGCUGCUGGGGUUGCUCUUGCGCAGUACUUCAAUAAGUACUUUGCCAGAGUCAGUGGUUUUACGUCUUCUGGAAUUGGUUUGGGUAUGAUCGUGACACCGCCUCUACUUCGUGUACUCCUCGAUACGUACGGAUGGAGGGGAACCAUGCUCAUCAUGGGUGCAAUAUGUUUAAAUGUGUGUGCGGUUGGCGCCCUCUAUCGUCCUCUAGGGCAUGCUAGGACUACCAGACAUCAAAACGAUUCUGAACUGUUGGAUGAAAUAGGCUCCGGACGAGUUUUUGUAGACAGUGACAGUCGUUGUUCGUCAUUCAUGAGUAUCAUUCGCAAGCUGUUCUCUGAAUUACGACUGGAUUUACUCGUGAAGAGCUAUCGAUUCACAUUAUACUGUCUUAUGUACCUAGAGUUAUCAAUCGGAUAUAUCGUGUAUGUGGUGUACAUCAUGCCCAUGGCUUUGGACUAUGGUUUUGAGAAAACGGAUGCUACAUUUCUUCUCAGUGUUAUGGGCUUUGGAAGUCUUGGGGGUCGGGCCAUAAGCGGCUUCCUUAUCAGACCGAAUGUAUCAGCUGAAGCUGUGUUCGGUUUUUCCCAGUUGCUCUCCACUAUCGGAGUACUUUGCACGCAGGCAGAGGGAGGCGAGGGACUGGUGGCCUCAGCGUGUUUCAUGGGCAUCGGCACCGGGAUGUCCAGUGCAGUCAGUUUAGUCCUUCUUCGCAAAAUUGUUGGCCUUCGCAACUUAGCAUCUGCGAUUGGCAUAUUCUACAUGCUUGGAGGCAUAGGUGAUCUGGCAGGGCCCAUUAUUGCAGGCUUCUGCAUCACUUUUACGCAGUUUCGGGUCAGUUUGACGCAUAUUUCAGGUCACACUGACCGAGAAAUGGAUCAGGGCUCAUGUACCGUCAACCUGGGUAAAUACUGA